AUGAGGCGCGUGGGGCUCCUCCACUUCCACGGCUUCCUCAACGCCCUCGCCUCCGACCCCAUGCCGCUGCAUGUUCAGUGGGUGUGCUCGCUGCACUUCCAGUGCUUCCUCACCAGCCUCGCCUCACAUGCCUUGCCUCUCCACAUUCAGCGCCUGCGCUGUCGAUGCAUGUUCCACGCCCUCACCUUCCUGCCAGCCGUCCAUGCCACCGCACAGCUGGCCAUCCAACGGCUACGAUCAGCCGCUGGGGUGCUGCCACGUGUGCAAGAGCAGUGGAUGGAUGGCGAGGAUGAAGCAGGGAAUCGCGGUGCUGGGAAUGGGGAAAAUCAGGGCAAAAAAUAUGAAAGAGAAAAGAUGGAAGGCCAGGUUGAGAGUCAGGUGAGAGCUCAGGUGAAAGGUCAGGUGAAUGACACAUCUGGGCAAGUGCAGUCAGACAUAGGCCAUGUGGGCCCUCGAGAGCCAGAGCCCCCAGCAGGCAUCCCUCGCUACGUGGCGGCUCACAUCCCCUUUGACGCCGUCUCAGCCGCCUACUCCCUCUGCUCCUUCACCGCUCGCCACCACCACAACGACUACCACAACCAAACCCAAGACCAGAACCAACACGACAAUCAGUACGAGCAGCAGGGCCAGGGCCAAGAGCGGGACGAGGCGGAGGAGGAGUUGGAGGAGGUGAGGGACAUCCGGCGCCUGCUGUUCCCCGUGCUGCACGCGUACGAGCAGCAGGGCCGCCUCAACGCCCCCGACUGGUACCGCCGCAUCGGCCGCUGCCCCGUCGCCCCUGAGGAGGCGGCGCUGGUGCUGGCCGGCAUGGGCGUGGGGAGAAUGCGCCCGCUGUUCCUCGUAGGGGUGUCCGCUGAGCCGUGCAGGCUGGUGCUUGGGGGUGAAUCGGUGCUGAGCGGUGGGGAUGGUGGGAUGCAGGGUGGGAGGGAGGAAGAGUGGCGGGAGGAGGAGGGGUGGCGAGGGGCUGCGUGGGAGCAGGAGGAGCAGGAGGGGCGGAUGAGGGCGCAGCAGGAGCAGCAGCUGAGGGGGCCGGGCAGGCGGUGGUUCAACGGGUGCCGGCGGUUGGAGGCAGUGCGAGCGCUCUUCCCCUUCCUCUUGUCCAUCGAUACCCUCCUCUCCCCUCUCGAGAUCGCCCCCUACUCCCACUCGCCUCUCCUAAUCACCGCCCUUGAAACCAUUGUGGCCAGCGAAUCAGAUCUCUUCCUUGCCGCGGACGGCAGCAGCCAGCUGGCAGCGCUCGUGGCCGGGCGGCGCAUGUACUUCGGAUCCAGAUCUGACAAAAAAUCUGGUUACCAGCAUGGUUACAGGCCGUCUGUGCGUAUCAACCGCGCACAGCUGGCGGAGGAUCUGGGCGGCGGGAAAGAUUUGCGGGCGGGGGAAGAGUGGAUUGGGGAUGCGGAGGAGAGGAUAAUGGAGUGGGAGGAGGUGGAGGAGCGGGUGAGGGCGAUGGUGGGGGAGAGCAAGAGUGUGAGGAAGCGGAGGGUGUCUCGGAGUGUGUACAGGCAUCCUCGCGACGAGGCAUGCAUGUGCUUUGGGGAGGGGGGGAAGAGAGGCGAGGAGGUGGGGAGUGAGGAGUGGGGAGGUACUGGAGAAGAGAGGGGAAGGAAGAAGAAGCUGCAAGGGAGGGAGGUGAGGGGAGGGGGGUUAGGCAGGGCAGAUGUGGGAAGAAGUGGUGAUACUGGGUCUGGCAAGGGGUUGGAUGAUGGAGGGAGGUGGGAAGAGAAGGGGGAAAUAAGGGCAAAGAGGAGAGUGGGUAAGGAUGGGGGAAGCAAUGGGCCUGCCAAGAGGCAAAGGCUUCGAGGUGUGGUUGGGGGACGAGGGGUGAGUGUUGGUGUGGAUGAUGAUGAUGAGGAGGAUGAAGGGGAGGAUGGGGUUGAGUCUGGUGAAAGCAACAUGGAUAGGGAUGAAGAGGAAAGGGAAGUGGAAAGGACAAUAAGACUUCAUGCGAAUGGCUUCAUUCUCCCCGUUCUUGCCUCCCUCCCCUCGGAGCCUGUACGACUUUGGCAGCAACCUGCUCACCCUCAUGCUGAGGGAUUUUUUAGGCGCCUCAAGGAUGAGGGUGAGGCGGCCUCAAGGACCUUCUUGCCUCCCUCCCCUCGGAGCCUCCGCCCACCUCUCCCUCCGCUCCCAUCAAUGCAUGUACGACUCGGCAGCAUGCUGACGCGCGUGCUGAGCGGCGGCGACAUGUCGAGCUUGCCUACCGUCUCGGCCCAGGUGUCUCUCCAACGUUUCAAGCCCCCCUCUCUCCUCCACCACCCCCCGCCUCUCUUACCUCCCUCCCUUCAGAGCCUGUACGACCUGGGCAGCAAUCUGCUCACGCGCGUGCUGAGCGGCGGCGACAUGUCGGGCAUGCCCACAGCGUCUGGCGAGGUGUCGGACCUCGUCGGCCGCCCGCUCUUCUUCGCCCUCCACAACUGGUUCCUCGAGUCCGCGCUCUCCCCUCCCUGCACUAGUCCGCGCUCUCCCCUCUCUGCUCCCUGCUCCCCGCUCUCUGCUUUUUGCUCCUUUUCCUGUCCCUCGUGUGCAGCUAAGUCCCGCCUAGGAGGCGUGUACCGUCUCGCCUUCGGCCCCAAGGCCUUCGUGGUCAUCUCUGACCCAGUCGUUGCGCGCCACGUGCUCAAAGAGAACCCCUUCGCCUAUGACAAGGGCAUGCUGGCGGAGCUGCUGGAGCCCAUCAUGGGCAAGGGGCUCAUUCCCGCUGACUUUGACACGUGGAAGCAGCGCAGACGAGCCAUCGUGCCGGGCUUCCAUGCAGCAUAUCUGGAGGCCAUGGCGCUGGUGUUCUCAGAGUGCUCCAAGCGAUCGGUGGACAAGCUGCAAGCGCUCUGCGACCAGGCUGGAGCCGCCGCGGGGGGUGAGGGCGUGCGCAUGGACAUGGAGUCGGAGUAUUCGUCCAUAGCGCUGGACAUCAUUGGCAUCUCCGUGUUCAACUAUGACUUUGGGUCCGUGACGCGCGAGUCGCCCGUCAUCAAGGCCGUGUAUGGGACACUGUCGGAGGCCGAGCACCGCGCUACGUUCUACAUCCCCUACUGGAACAUCCCCUUUAUAAGCCUGGUGGUGCCGCGGCAGAUGAAGUUCCAGCAGGACCUCAAGGUGAUCAACGACUGCCUCGACGACCUCAUCACCCGCGCCCGCGCCACCCGCCAGGAGGACGAUCUAGAGGCGCUGCAGCAGAGGGACUACAGCAAGGAGGACGAUCUAGAGGCGCUGCAGCAGAGGGACUACAGCAAGGUGCGGGACGCGAGUCUGCUGCGCUUCCUGGUGGACCUGCGCGGGGAGGACUGUGACGACAAGCAGCUGAGGGACGACCUCAUGACCAUGCUGGUGGCCGGCCACGAGACCACCGCUGCCGUGCUCACCUGGGCUACUUACAUGCUCUCUCAGCACCCGCGUGUGCUGGCGAAGCUACAGGAGGAGGUGGACGCAGUGCUGGGCGACCGGCUGGCCACGCUGCAAGACAUCAAGUCCCUCGAGUACACCCGCCUGGUGGUAUCAGAGGCUCUCAGGCUCUACCCCCAACCGCCGCUGCUCAUUCGCCGUGCGCUGGCCAAUGACCAUCUGCCAUCUGGGUACAAGGGCAAUCCCGAGGGCUACAACCUUCCCAAGGGCACCGACCUCUUUGUCUCUCAUGUGAUCAUGAGCCAUGAGAGCAAGCAUGUGAUCAUGAGCCAUGAGAGCAAGCAUGUGAUCAUGAGCCAUGAGAGCAAGCAUGUGAUCAUGAGCCAUGAGAGCAAGCAUGUGAUCAUGAGCCAUGAGAGCAAGCAUGUGAUCAUGAGCCAUGAGAGCAAGCAUGUGAUCAUGAGCCAUGAGAGCAAGCAUGUGAUCAUGAGCCAUGAGAGCAAGCAUGUGAUCAUGAGCCAUGAGAGCAAGCAUGUGAUCAUGAGCCAUGAGAGCAAGCAUGUGAUCAUGAGCCAUGAGAGCAAGCAUGUGAUCAUGAGCCAUGAGAGCAAGCAUGUGAUCAUGAGCCAUGAGAGCAAGCAUGUGAUCAUGAGCCAUGAGAGCAAGCAUGUGAUCAUGAGCCAUGAGAGCAAGCAUGUGAUCAUGAGCCAUGAGAGCAAGCAUGUGAUCAUGAGCCAUGAGAGCAAGCAUGUGAUCAUGAGCCAUGAGAGCAAGCAUGUGAUCAUGAGCCAUGAGAGCAAGCAUGUGAUCAUGAGCCAUGAGAGCAAGCAUGUGAUCAUGAGCCAUGAGAGCAAGCAUGUGAUCAUGAGCCAUGAGAGCAAGCAUGUGAUCAUGAGCCAUGAGAGCAAGCAUGUGAUCAUGAGCCAUGAGAGCAAGCAUGUGAUCAUGAGCCAUGAGAGCAAGCAUGUGAUCAUGAGCCAUGAGAGCAAGCAUGUGAUCAUGAGCCAUGAGAGCAAGCAUGUGAUCAUGAGCCAUGAGAGCAAGCAUGUGAUCAUGAGCCAUGAGAGCAAGCAUGUGAUCAUGAGCCAUGAGAGCAAGCAUGUGAUCAUGAGCCAUGAGAGCAAGCAUGUGAUCAUGAGCCAUGAGAGCAAGCAUGUGAUCAUGAGCCAUGAGAGCAAGCAUGUGAUCAUGAGCCAUGAGAGCAAGCAUGUGAUCAUGAGCCAUGAGAGCAAGCAUGUGAUCAUGAGCCAUGAGAGCAAGCAUGUGAUCAUGAGCCAUGAGAGCAGAGCAAGCAUGUGUUCAACAUCACCCGCUCGCCGCACUUCUGGAAGCAGACACAGUGCAGUGCACUUGACAUGUAUAGUUUGUUCUCUUGAACUUCGCCCCCCCUCCACGCUGCUCAACAUCAACAGGUCGCAGCACACCUGGGGGACAUACCAUAUGGUGUUCAAUAUCAACCGUUCGCCGCACUAUUGGGAGAAUCCGGAGGAGUUUCGGCCGGAGAGGUUCUUGGAGAGGAGGAGCGGCGACGGUAUCCCCGGGUGGGAUGGGUACGACCCUGACCGGCUGGCAGGGGCUCUCUACCCCAACGAGAAUAGGCGUACACUCCCACACUCCCCACCACUCCUUCCUUCCCUCCAGGUGGUCUCUGAUUUCGCCUUCCUCCCUUUUGGUGGCGGCCCGCGCAAGUGUGUGGGCGACCAGUUCGCGCUGAUGGAGUCCACAGUGGCGCUCGCCAUGAUCCUCCGCCGCUUCAACGUGCGCCUCGACGGGCCGCCGGAGGACACCGAGAUGGUCAUGGGAGCCACCAUGCACACCAAGUCCGGGCUCUGUCUCGGCUCUGGUGCCGCCUCAGACAGACCACAAGAGAAGGGUGUUGCUGCUGAUGCUGCUGGUGCUGCCGCGAAUGCGUGA